UUAUGAAACCCUAUGUGAUAUCAUUGGAUAUAUAAUGCACUGUUGUUGGUUAACAUCAUUUACUUGUUUGUUACUUUUAUUUUAUUUGUAUUAUUCUGCCCUUCAUGUAUUAAUUAUUACAAAUUAGAUUAAUUCCAAAUAUUAAGCAGUAACUAAUAAUAUAAACAAAUUCAUCAUUCUUUGUAUUAUUUGGCCUUACUUAUGGCUCUUGUAUCCAUUACUAAAUGAUUCAAUAGGUCCAACUGGAUGGAAACUAUAUAACUCAACAGAAAUAUUUUAUUUAUUUUGUGGUUUUGAAGUAUUUUAUAUUUCUAAACUUUAGGAAGAUGAAAUUAUUUUCCUUAUCUUUUGGUCUAUACCCUUAUGGUUAAUAUUCUUAAGUGUUCUAAUUUUGAGAUAGAAAGUAUCCAAUUAUAAAUUCAAUAGAUUAGUUCUCGAAUUAAAACCCUAAUUUUCGAAGAAUAAAUUAGUAGCAUUGAAUUAGAUAUCAUAAAGAAAGUGGCAGACUUUUCAAUUAUUUAUGUAAUCUUUUGGUUAACAAAUUAAUUUGUUAAGUAAAUUAAUUAAUAUAUUAAAAAUUAGAUAUGUACAAUUAUUAUAUGAUGGAUAUACUCAACACAUUAUAUUAUACACUUUGUUUGUGUUAAUGUAUUUGUUGUUUGAAAUUCAUUUAGUCAUAAUUGCAAUCCUAUUUUAUAAAAAUUAUAAGUAAUUAUGUAGAAUAUAAAAUAUAUAGUUAAGUUAUUGACAUUAAAUCAAUUUGGUCAUUAAAAAAAUAGAAGAAUUUAAAAGUAAAGAAUGAUGAGUAAUUAAUUUGAUUUUUAUGUUGUAAAUAAUUUAAUGUUUUAAUAUAAUAUUCAUGACUAUUCAGCAUAUAUGAUAUCUCAUGAUCAAAUUAGCUUAACUUAUAGAGGAGAAAUGUAAUAUGCUAGAAAAUAUUAGAACAAAGGAUAUCUAUCAAUUCAAAUUUUUAGAAUUUGACAAUUUAGAAGAGAUAUUAUUUUUAAAAUAAGAAGAAACAGCAGUCUCUCUACCUUGGGCUAGAACAAUAAUUGUUAAUUUCUGGAAUGUACCAACAGAGAAUUACACUCUAUUUAAUUUAUAUGAAGGAAUGAAAAUCCUAUUUGACAUGGACAUAAUCAAAGAUUUGUAAGAAGUUUAAUUUAAGUUCUUUUCCAAUGAAUAAAUUUAGGCAUUGAUCAAAUUAAAAUGGUUAUAAUCUGAAAAUACUAAUUACUUUUAUUUCGAAAUACAAGAAGAGGUAUUAUUUAAUUAUGAAACAAUUUAGAAUUAGUAUGAAUUAACACUCUAAUGGAGAGAUUCAUUAUAAAUUGUUGAAAGUAUUAAGAAAGAAUUAGAGAAGUAAUUUUAAAGGAAGAAUUUAAUCAAAAUAUUAAAUAAAAUAGGUGAUUAUAGGUAUGAUAAUAUUAUGAUUAUUAGUAAUAUCUAUGAUUUAUAAGAGUUAUUUAAUUUAAUUUUGGAUAAUCAUUAUGAUACUCUAUUUGUUUAUUUCCCAUCAAUAAUCAAAUUAAAAAUUUAUACUAAAAUAUUUGAAGAGAGUGAAGAAUAAAUUAGAUCUGUAGAAUUGUUCAUUCAUAAUUAAUGGUUUAAGGAAAGAUAGGAUAAUUUGAUAGCUUAAUUUGAGAUAUUACAUACUCAGAUUUAAAGAUCUAUGAAAGAUUCAAAUGAAGAAAUAAUUUUAGAUUAUGCCUUAAUUUAUGAUGAAGAUCAAAUUAAUUGUUCUGAAUUAAUGAGUAAGAUUAAUUCUUUGAUCAUUAAAAUAUUGUUAACAAAUAAUAAGAAAAUUCAAUCAAUUUUAUUGUCUUUGAUGCCAUUAGAAAUUCAUUUUGAAUUGGAUAUUAAGAAAUUAGAAUUAAAUUUAGAUAUUAAUUUACAUCAUGAAGAUCCAUAAGAUAUAUAUUAAGAAGGAUUAAUAAUUUUAUUAUAAACAAUCACAACUUGUUAAUUGUUUUAAUCUUUAAAAGUUAAUAUUCAAUAAGAAGAUGAUUCAAAUAAUAUAAAAUUUCUUUUAUUUUCUUUCAUUAUGAUGAUUCAUGAAUUUUAAUAAACUUUAAAAAACAAAGGCACAUUUACAUACAAUAAUUAUUAAUUAAUUCCAAGAUAUCAUUCAGUUUGUUCAAAAGGAGUUAUGAAUUAUUUAAUUUCAGAGAAGAAGUAAUAAAAAUGAUGUUUUAUAGUUAGAUCAAUUUAUGA